AUGACCGACCCUUCUAGGCCCGUCACCGGCUACCCAGCCACGCCCUACGCCCAGCCUAACGGCGGCCACCCCUACUCCAGCUACCCCACCUACACCCAACGUCAAGGUCCCUACUCCAACGCCUAUGCCGCACGCGCCACCUUCAUCCGCCGCUUCGUCGGCGCCAUGAUCGCCCUCUUCGUCAUCGUCGGCUGCAUCAUGCUUGUGAUUUGGCUCGUCCUCCGCCCCAAGGUCCCCGACUUCCGACUCGACUCUCUCUCACUCACCAACUUCAACGUCUCCUCCUCCUCCCAGUCCCUGAGCGGCACGUGGUCCGUCGGCUUCUCCGUCUACAACCCCAACAAGAAGCUCAGCAUCCGAUACGAGGAGGUCGUUUCUUCCAUUUUCUACCGGAACGGCUUCAUAUCGGAGACUCGUGUUCAGCCGUUCGCUCAGGGGAGGAAGGAUCGCAAUUUCGUCAACGCCACUUUGUCGGCGGUGAAUUCGUUCGUGGACGCCUCGGUGGUUCGCGCGAUAGAGGUGGACAGGGGACGCGGGACCGUGAGCUUUAACGUGAAGGUUUUGGCGAGGGUCCAGUUUCGGAAUGGCGGGUGGAGGCUGAGGCGGCGGCUGCUGAGGGUUUUGUGCCGUGGUGUGGCGGUUUCGGUCUCUUCCAAUAGCGGGUCGGGUAAGCUGGCUGGUGGAUCAAGAGGUUGCCAGGUUGGUGUUUGA